AUGUAUGUGAAAUGGUUUGAUACAGGAAUGUUUUACUAUGUGAUUUUAGUGAAUGUCACUUUUUGUCAUUUUCAAAUUUCCUGCCGUUCCGUCCCCCAUACGUCCCGAUGCUCACAGGGGACGGAACCCAGAUGACAGAUGCCGGCAUCCGCCGGAUUACAUUGCCGGGGACACUGCAAGAGGGACAUCGUAGGAGCGCAGGACAAGGUAAGUGAUCGAGGGAUCCCGGAGCAGCGCCGCAUGGUAAGCCCGAGUGUAGCUCGGGGUUACCGCUUGUGCUACACUCGGGAAUACCGCCAGGGAGGU